AUGGAAUAUUAUUCGGCAAAGGGGGUCAGUUGUAGAGUGGGGUGCUUUGAUUUAGUCGUUCAAGAUUAUUCUGAGGCAGCAAUUCAUAUUUGGCUUGCGUUUCAGGGAAAGUUGAACACGAGGGAUCGGGUAAAGAUGUACAUGGAGAUUCCUGAUGAUAGCUGCCUAUUAUGUGAAGGGAAUGAGAAAACUAUUGAUCACCUGUUAGGCGGAUGCCCAUUUACUAGAUUGGUUUGGAACAAAUUUUCAUCGGCUAUGGGUUUAUUGAGCUUUCUGGGGGAGUGGGAGGAAGUCAUGGUGGCUGCCCUAACUAAAGCCAAAGGUAAAAAAUUUACAGCAAGUAUUUAUAAAUGCGGGUUUGAAUCGGUUGUCUACCAUAUUUGGGGUGAAAUGAAUGCAAGAGUAUAUGGGAGAGUUCGUAGAAGUGCGGAUGGAGUGUGGAAGGACGCUAUGAUCGAUUGUCGAGCUCUCAUUGACAUGUGA